AUGACAUUCCUGACAGGCGUUCCGAGCGGAGCACGUGAUUCCUGUGAACGAGCAAGCUCGGGCCCUGGCAACAUGAUCUCUCAAGCUGUUAAGGAUGGAGGUAUAGGCGACGUUGCCUUUGUUACGUGCCAUGGGGAGACUGCACAUGUACCAGUGACCGGGUGGAUUGUCCAUGUGAGCGAGAGCGUGGCUUGUUUGGCUACGGCUUUGGGCGCUCUCGAGAAAGUGGCUAGCAAGACUAGCUACAAAUCGGGAUCGACCGAAAUCGGGGUGAUCAAGGUGAGCCUGGCCGCUCUUCGAAGCAGCCGACCCGACGGCUGGACUGGACUGAAGGUGAAAGACCUGCCCUCCUGGAGUGCAUGCCAGAAGGCCUGGACGCAGGUCGCCGACCGCGACCUGAACAGCAGCGAGGCCGAGCCGAAGCCGACCGAGAAGCCCGCGAAGGGCAAGAGCCGAAUCGAGCAGGAGCUGGGAUCGCUGAAGAGUUUAUUCGGGGCCGCCGGCCCGGGGGACGACAGCGACGAGGACGAGGAGGAGACCGACGAGGACGACGGCGAGGCUUUGGAACCGCGGGGCUUCCUUCGACCGGGGGCGUCUUCGAAGCGGAAGGAGAAGCCCAAGAAGAAGGAAAAGGAGAGCGCGCCCAACCUGGCCAAGGCCCUUGCCGGAGGCCAGAGUGCGGCCGACCUUCUUCCUUUGGCGCUGCUGGCCAUGCUGGGAAACGAGAAAAAGGAGAAGAAGCGAGGCCGGAGCAGCCGGUCCGAGCAGGGCGACCUGGACAGUCGCCAUGGUGGUUCGUCCUCCGACGAGUCGGAAGACGGGCGGCACAUCAAGAACCGCGGCCUUCGGGCCGUAAGCACCUUGCACCGGCUCCACGACAGGAUCCAGAAGAAGCCGCUGAAGAUUUGCGAGACCUACGAAAGAGAGAUCCGGGAGGAGAUGGGGGUGAUCCCCGGCCAGAGCUGGACCAUGCGGGACUACGUGAAGAAGCAGCCGUGGGGAAAGUUCAAAGGGAUCUAUCGGUGCAUGAUGAUGGAUGUUGCCGCCUACGAGCAGCUGCGGGCGGGGAACCACGAAGUGGCUGGAGCACAGCUGGUGCAGAACAUGAAGGCCAAGCUUCAGUCGGUCCUUCAGGGGGGCGACUGGAGCGCAGCCUGGCUCUUGACGGGGCUUCCAGAUCCGAUGCAGAAGCGGGAUUUUGCGGGGACUCGCGAGGAGAUGCCCGUUGUUUCGGGCUACGUGGAGGCCUUGGCGAAUCUGCGCAAGAAGGUGAAGGAAGCCCAGGCAGGCAACGCGGGCGAGGAGGACGAGGAGCCGGUCGGCAAUGACGUGCCGCUCUUCCCGGCCCUGCUCCCUUAUCCCGAGGCCUCUUUUGUCGAGGAGGUCGCCGACUCUGACUCAGCAUUGCUUUGGUGGGCCAAGUCAUUCGUAAACACGUUUGUUGGCUGGUCUAACUUUGUGGUGCUGGGCUGCCCGGCGUUGGGGAGCAGUGCGUUGGAGCCGCGAGUUUUUCACAGAGGUGAUGUACAGUUAUUGUCUGAGAAGCUGCUCGGCGAGGUGGUCGAAUUUGUUAAUGUUGGGUUGGCUUUUGAUUCUCUAGAAUUUUCAGGCAACAGGUCUGUUCUGGAAGAGAUGCUCCGGCUCAACUGUGCAAGCUAUGGAGUGGGUCAGGUGCCUGCUCCGUCUGGCGCUCUUGCUGUGGCCGCUGAUCGGGUGGCUGUGCCGGAGCUUGCCGGCGUUGUGGACCCAUUGGACUGGCUGCCUCCAAGCCAGGCGAUGGUGGUGGAACAUUUGGAGGACAUUCGCCUCCCGGAGCAUGCUUGGGGUGAGACCGUGGUUGCGUGCCACCGGGUCCCGAAGGAGCACGAAGGCGAGCUCGCUCGCAAAUUGCUGCGCGCCGGGAUGGCGAAGCUUGUGGCGGAGAAGGACCUGCCGAGGACCUCAGAAGGCAGGCUGCUUUGCGGGGGCUUGUUCAGCGUGGAAAAGGAUCAGCACAGCGACCGCUUGAUAUACGACCGCAGGCCGGAGAAUGCGACCAUGCCCAGCCUGGGUUGGGAGGCCCUGCCUUCCGGAGCUUGUUAUGUGCGCAUGUUGCUUGAGCCCCACGACCACGAGUACUUGAAGGGUUCCGGUGAUGAUCUGAAAAAUUUCUACUACAUGCUGAAACUCCCUGCUGGCUGGGUCCGCUUCAACCCGGUAGGCCGCCGGGUGCCAAAGAAGAUCGUCGAGGAGUUUGGCGGCGACCCUGCUCUGGACCAUCGGUUGUGCUUCAGGGUUUUGGGGAUGGGUGAUAAGAACGCUUGUUCGAUAGCGCAGGCAACCCACGAAAGUAUCUUGAAAAAGGGAGGCCUCUUGGAUUCCAAGCAUAAGCUGGUCUAUGGCGAGAACGUUCCUGAUGAUGCGCUUUGGGAGGGGAUCUACCUGGAUGAUUUGUUAAUCACUUUGAAGGUGGCGACCCCCGACGUGAUCCCUCUGGAUGGUGAAGUUCAAGGCCUGGGGCGCCGAGGUGGACGGGGUGGCUGGCCGCGUCGGGGCCCUUUGGAGAUGCGGAGGCAGCUGUGGGCCUUACUUGCUCGUACCGUGCGGCUGGGCCGUGUGACGAAAGAGAUCCUGGAAAAGCUCGCGGGGUUCAUUGCCUUCGUUUUCCAGUAUACGCGGGAGUGCUUCGCUCUUCUUCAUCACUUCUACGUGUUCACUUCAAAGCUGCCUGCGGGGAAGAGUGUCCGGUUGCCAGGUUACAUUGCCGACGAGCUGCGAGCCGUGGCCCUGCACUUACCCAUGGCCUCUUGGAACAUGCGAGCUCGGCUGUCCCGCUCCCUGCUGGCAACAGACGCCACACCUACAUCGGGAGGGGCCGCUCGGGCUCCGAUCUCGCAAGCUUUGGCUCGUGAGCUUUGGCGCCGUUCGAAAGUCAGGGGGGCCCCGGUCAGGUUGGAGCCAGGGUCUGAAGGAGUUCUGGCCGAGGCCCCGAUCGAGACUUCAAAGUUCGCGGCUUGCAUCUCGCCGUGCCUCCGUUGGCAGGUCGAGGGGAGCUACACGUUCAAGAAGACCCACCACAUAAACCUCCAGGAGGCGCGGGCCCUGAAGCGUGAGAUCGUGAAGCUCGCAAGCCACCCCGGGAACAUUGACACCAUACAAGUAGCCCUGAACGAUUCCACGGUGGUGGUAGGUGCUGAGUGCAAGGGUCGUUCGAGCUCUUUCCGGCUGAAUGGGAUCCUGAAUGCGCAGCUUCCUUUCCUGAUUUUUGGAGGCGUGCACCUGCGCUGCUUUGGGUGGAGACCGAAGCUAACAUAG